AUGCAUCAACCUGGGCACAUCGACAAAGCCAUGAAAAAACAAAAAACUUCAGACGAAGUAAAGAGGAAUAUAACUCGAGUGAAGACCUCGAUAGAUGCUGUUCGCUAUCUAGCAUUGCAAGGAGUUGCCUUCAGAGGUCGAGAUGAGAUUGUUGAUUCAAAGAAUCCUGGGAACUUUAUUCAGCUUCUCAAAUACACACGUUUCUAUAAUGAAGAAGUAGAUAGUGUUGUGUUGGAGAAUGCUCCAAAGAAUGCAAAGUACACAUCACAUGAGGUUCAGAAGCAAAUCUUGCAUGUUUUAGCCAAGAAGAUCAGAAAGCAGAUCUUUGAUGACAUUGGAGAUUCUAAAUUUUCGAUAAUUGUGGAUGAGGCAAGUGAUGAAGGCAGACAUGAACAAAUGGCCAUUGUUCUUCGCUUUGUUGAUAUUGAAGGAUUUAUUCAAGAGGGCUUCCUUAAUCUUGUGCAUGUCAAAGACACAACAUCAAAGACUUUGCACUCUGCUAUUUGCUCAACUCUUACUUCUCAUAAGUUUUCCCUUCAGAAUCUUCGUGGACAAGGAUAUGACGGUGCUAGUAACAUGCGUGGUGAAUGGAAGGGAUUGCAUGCACUCUUUUUGAAGGAUUUUCCUCAUGCAUACUAUGUGCAUUGUAUGGCUCAUCGUCUUCAACUAUCAUUGGUUGCAGCAUCAAGAGAAGUGGAUAGGGUAAAUGAGUUUUUCACAAAGUUACCAAAGAUUGUGACUGCUAUUACUGGCUCCACAAAGCGCCUUGAUGAGUUAGAAGAGUUUCAAGAAGAUUUUUAA